AUGGGGCCGUUUCCACCAAGCUGUGCGGGGAACGCAUACCUGCUGGUCUUCCAAGAUCUUUACACACGCUGGAUAGAAUGCGUGCCAUUGCGGAAGGCCAACGGGAAGAACAUUGCCAAGGCGUUCGAAGACCUGAUCGUGUUCCGAUUUGGAGCACCGGAGGUGCUACUCACGGAUAACGGGACGGAGUUCGUGAACAGGACGGUGGAUGAAGUGACCAAGGCUUAUGGUAUUCACCACUCCACAACGCCGCCGUAUCACGCUCAGGCAAACCCGGUGGAGAGGAUUUACGAAAGCAUGGCCGACCCAGCGAGUCCGGAGCGGAUAGAGACCGGCGGAACGACGGGGAAGGUCGUGGUCGAACUCCUGCCGCAGGAACUCGAGGGCCUGAGGGCCAUGUUGACCCGGGAGCGGGAGAAGGCCGCACGGGAGGAGGAGACGCGACUGAGCGCGUCACUCAUCCGGGGUCUCCCGGUAUGGGCCGUCGAGGACGCCCUCCUGGCCGACUACCCGGAGAGAGGGGAGGAGCGGGCCGACGAGGCGACACUGGAAGCCCGGGAGGAGAAGCCGCCGGCUUUAAAGGAGGCCGUGCGCCCGGCGCCUGCCCGACGGACCGGAGAGGUGAGCCCGCCCCACCCAGCACCGCGCCGAGCCCGGUCAAGGGUCCGCUGGGACGACGAGCCCACCGUCGAGGAAGACGAUCCGGCGGAGGAUGGCCCGGCGUCAACAGCGAGACCGGAGUCCGGCACCCAGUGGGAAGCCGCCUACGGCCGAGAGCGCGGCGCGGAGAAGCGAAAGCGGUUACGGGACCGAUCGCAGUUAAGGGGUCCAACGAAGAAACCGCGGCCGAACAACGGAACUCUCGGCGAAAGCCAGGGUGAAGCCCUGGGCGCAGCGGUAGCCGCGGUCGGCCGACUCACGGUCGACCAGUGGAAAACCCUGAAGGGGUGGGUCGAUUGUGGGGAGAUCGGCCUUCGCGAGGCCCCGAAAUGUUGGAAUUGCGGAGCGACAGGCCAUCGGCACCGGGACUGCCGGCAGCCGAAGCGUCGCUACUGCGAGAAGUGCAGCGAGCGAGGCACCGAACGGGACCGGUGUCUGCGCUGUGCUGCUAAGCGUGCCGCCGGGAACAGUUCCGGCCGCCUGUAG